GCCAGAAGGAUUAUUGCAUCCGGCGCCUCCACUGCUUCCAAUUCGAGAUUUUGGGUUGCGGGAAAACCCGAAUGCCAAUUUGGUCUCCGCCUCCGUCAAGCACCUUUACCACCGUUGUUGGGCCAGCAGCAGCUGUGGCGUCAUUUCAGUUUCUUUUCAGAGUCUGGUUACGACAGGUUAACGGACACGAGAUUGCCGAAGCGCCGGCCACUCGAUAAACCUCGCCGGAAAAGGGCCGGCUUGAGACCUGCCGGGGCAUUUGCUUGGGUGAAGUAUGAUGCUGGAGAGCCGAUUAAACCCAGUAACCCUAAUGAAGGAAGUGUCAAGAGAAGGAACGAGAAGAAGCGUAGAAUGUUACACCGCGCCUUUGUGAAGACGGAGGCAAAGAAGAGGAAAGUUCAGUUGCAGGCAGCUAACAGGAGGAAAAUGGCCGCGAGAGUGGACCGCAAAAUGGCUGCUGUGGCGAGGGAUAGGGCGUGGGCAGAAAGAUUGGAACAACUGCAGCGACUCGAGCAAGAGAAGAAGAGAAACUCCUCCAUGGAGUCUUAAGAGUUAGUGUCAUACAUUCUCUAAUUCCCGAAUGCCUCUGCUGCAGCAGUUUUUGCUUGUUAACCGCAGAACAAGAAAACCCAAAGAUUCACCUUGAAUAAUUACAUUUUACCACUAGGGUUGAUUGCGUGUUGCUUUUACCACUCAUACGGUUGAGAAGCGAUGCCGUGUUUUCUAGACCAUUUCGAGUGUAGGCUCUUCGCUCGUAGAGCUACUGUUGAUUUGUUUAUGUCAUCUAAG